CUGGUGGUGGGCGGCGUGGAUGCGGCACAGAGCCCUCUCGCCUCCGUCGAGGUCUACCACGUGGAUGAGGGCAAGUGGGAAAAGAAGGCGGCGCUGGCGCAGCCCUCCAUGGGCAUCUCGGCUGUGCAGAGAGAUGGAGCUGUCUACGCGCUUGGGGGAAUGGGUGCGGACACCUCUCCCCAGGCGCUGGUCCGUGUCUACGAGCCAGCAAAGGACCACUGGCAGCCCCUGCCCUCCAUGCCCACCCCCUGCUACGGGGCCUCUGCCUUCCUGCAUGGCAACAAGAUCUUUGUCCUGGGGGGCCGACAGGGCAAGCUUCCCGUCACUGCCUUUGAGGCCUUCGACCUGGAGACGAGGAGCUGGACGCGCUACCCCAGUGUGCCCAGCCGCCGCGCCUUCGCUGCCUGUGCCAUGGCUGACGGCAUCGUCUUCAGCCUGGGGGGACUGCAGCAGCCAGGGCCCCACAACUUCUACUCCCGCCCCCACUUCGUCAACACCGUAGAGACGUUUGACCCCGCGCAGGGUGCAUGGAGCAAGCCAAGCCGUGCCAUCCGCAUGAGGGAGAAGAGAGCCGACUUCGUGGCCGGCUGCCUUGGAGGAAGAGUGGUGGCUGUGGGUGGCCUCGGGAACCAGUCCUGCCCACUGGACUCGGUGGAGGGGUUCAGCCUUUCCCGGAAAAAGUGGGAGCCGCUGCCCUGCAUGCCGUCCAACAAGUUUUCCAUCCGGAGCAGCGCUCCCAGCGACUACUCCAGCCUGAGCGAUUCUCAGCUUCUCUUCGGCUCCCAGUUCUGCCCGGAGAAUGUGCAGUCGGCAGCAGCGCCGCUGGAGCUGGGCACGCAGCUGGGACAGCACAACUCCCAGGAUAAAGACGCGGAGAUUUCGGAUGUGAAAUCCAGCAUUCAGCUACUGAAGGAGGGUUUGGAGUCGCUGCCAGCUCAGCUGAGGGAUCAGCACCUGAAGCUGCGUGAAGAAUUAGGCUUCCCGACGCUCCCCAAUGCCUUAGCCGAGCUGCACACGCUCAUUUCCAGCGCCAAAGCCCCCCCUCACAGGGCAGAUAACUCAUCCCAAACCUCCCCCGGCCCGUGCCAGCACCAUGCUCUGG